GAUGCGACCAAAACAAUAACAGGAAGAAGUUCUAUCGCGUUCUUGCAACGUCUAAAUUCAGUCGAUUACCAACAAAAACGAAAGAUCAAAACAGUUUCGUCUGAUAAAAGAUCAACGGUAAGACAUGACAACGAUUACAAACAUGGUAAAUAUGUAUGCUGCAGAAACAAAGCGGCCGUGUGAAAAAUACUUCACAAAAAAAGAUUGUAAUUCAGAUGGCUUAUUACAUUGGGAACUAUUACCGAAACAGAUACUUAUAAAGAUAUUUGAUUAUCUGCAACAGCACGACCUCAUACGCGUGGCAACUGUGUGUCAAUCUUGGCGGUAUGUGGUUAAAAACACCCCUCAGUUUUGGAAGAAGAUACAUCUGAGGUUGUCUUGCAAACACAAACCGAAGUACCAUAAAACAGCUUGCUGGCUUGCUAAAACAAUGGGAAGGUACUUUCAGGAAGUGUAUGUCUCCUGCAAUCACAAACAUAGCGGUAUGCAUUGCAAAGAUGUAAGAACUGAGUUUCGUGAACUGCUGUCGAGCUUACCAAACAAACUGAAUCUGACCAAGUUGAAAAUUACCGACCUACAGCUAGAAAGCCCGCUGUGUUGCGUCAUAAGAAUAAUCCGUGUUUUGAUGACGCGCUUGCUGUCCAAACAAGAUCGGUUAGAAUGUUUCCAAAUGUCGUCUGCGAACUGGCCAGUACAUGAAGGCAACAAUGUCCUCUAUGUUCUCUUCAGCGUGGCUAAAGGAACUCUACAGUCCCUGCUCAUCGACGGAUUCUAUGAGGAGAUUUCCUUUGACUAUGGACCGGAAGUGUUCGAUAAUUUGUUUUCCGGAAUCCUUUCUCUCAACCGCUUGACGAAGCUGGGCAUUGACUACGUGUUCCUGAGUGAUUUUUUUCUAGCAGAGCUUUCUAGGACAUUCGCAGGACAGCUGAAGGUACUGAAAGUCACAACAAGCCAAGUGGAUCGUAAAACCAGCAUCUUAUCCAGGAGCUCUUGGGUUACAUUGACCAAGGCAUGCCCUGCGUUGAAAGUGGCGUUUACCAUUAACGGUGUGUUCUCCCUAUUCAAGACGGUCCGCAAGUUGAGUCCUGUCGUACCCGUCUAUAAGCUCCGGCUGUCGCUCAGGUCAGGACCCAACAGCCCGGAUGUGGGUAGUUUCAGCAUUGCGGCUUUACUGGGGCACGUCACCAUGAGCUACAGGCACACGUUGGUAAAGUUUGAGGUUGACAUUGGAAGAAAAAGUGGCUUUAUCGACCUAGCGUUCUUGAUGCUCGUCAAGAAAUGCCAACACGUGGUUCAUGUGAAGACCCCGAAACAGUUCAGUCAUCCGGAGUCGGAGCGGGUUGUCAGGAAUUUGAUUCAACAUAGGCGGCGAAAGCUCAACAUGCGGUUACCCGGAGAUGUAGUUAACAAACGAGUAAAAAUAAACCCAGUAGACCAAGCAGGACCGAGCAGCACCAAGCAGGACCAAGCAGGGCCAAGCAGGACCAAGCAGGACCAAGUAGGACCAAGUAGGACCAAGCAGGACCAAGUAGGACCAAGCAGGACCAAGCAGGACCAAGUAGGACCAAGCAGGACCAAGCAGGACCAAGCAGGACCAAGCAGGACCAAGCAGGACCAAACAGGACCAAGCAGGACCAAGCAGGGCCAAGCAGGACUGAGCACAGCUCACGCCCUAAUACCGUAAGGGCUGUAUGAAAAAUGAGGCCUAUACGGUUGAGUGAAUCUAGAGAACGGACAGGUGGACAAUGAAAUCAGGACAAACAUCAUUUCUCGUUGAAAACGGACAUUUUUAUCUUUAUUAAACUACCAAAACAAUGUUUUAAAAAUUACACGUCUAAACUGUAUUAGAAAUUUCAAUAAUUAUAAAACAUACAAGACAUAAAUAGAUAGACGGACACUUUUUUAUCUUUGAUAAAAUACCAAUGCAAUUUUUAAAUUCCCAUGUCAUUCAAGAUUAAAAUAGUAAGAUGAAUAUAAAACAUAAAAAAUAUAAAGAGUA